ACACUAAGUUGGACCAAUCAGCCUCGAGAGGCGGGACAAAAAAAAAAAUCAAACGUUCAUACUCGACACGAAGUUGCUUCAUACAGCGAAAUGAGUUUUUACGGGCAGGGCUAUCCAGGAGCAGGGGGUAACAUUCCCCGACAGCAUCCUUCUCCAGGUAACCCCUAUGGAGGUGGGGCACCCCCAGGUGGUCCUGUAGGAGGGCCAUAUGGGGGUCCGGCUCCUCCCGGGGGUCCGCAGUAUGGUGGUGCACCAGGAAGACAGUACGGAGGACCUUAUGGUGGUUAUGGUGGAGGUCCUGGGGCCCCUGGAGCUCCUUAUGGAGGUGGUCAAGCUCCAGGAGCCCCUUACGGAGGAUAUGGGCAGCCUCAGGGUGGACCAUAUGGCCAGCAUAUGCCUGGAGGUAACAUUCCACCAGGGGUUAACCCCGAGGCGUAUCAGUGGUUUCAGAGUGUUGACGCCGAUCACAGUGGCUACAUCAGCCUGAAGGAGCUAAAGCAGGCCCUGCUCAACUCCAACAACUCAGCAUUCAAUGAUGAAACCUGCCUGAUGAUGAUCAAUAUGUUCGACAAGACCAAAACUGGCCGCAUUGACGUAUUCGGCUUCUCGGCUCUCUGGGUGUUUUUACAGCAGUGGCGGGCAAUUUUCUACCAGUUUGACCGUGACCGCUCAGGUUCCAUCAACAGCAAUGAGCUGCAUCAAGCACUCUCUCAGCUGGGUUAUAACCUGAGCCCGCAGUUCAUUCAGAACCUGGUGAACCGUUACUGUGUCCGUGGCAUGAGUAAUGCCCUCCAGCUCGACUCCUUCAUCCAAGUGUGCACUCAACUGCAAAGCAUGACCCAGGCCUUCCGUGAGAAGGACACCGGCAUGACCGGCAACGUACGCAUGAGCUAUGAGGACUUUCUCGCCUGCACCAUCACACGGCUCAUGUGAAGAUUUACAUUCCAUCAGAUGGCAGUUUGAUCCCUUCAGUGCCAAAGACCUCCGGGCACUCCGGAUGUUCCAUCAUAACUGUGCCUUUCACUGCAGUUUACCUCCCGCACCCUAAAUGCCCUGAAUACAUGCACUCCUACUGCUUACUUUGCUUGUUAUUUGUUUCAAUUUCAAAGUGCAAGUUGAAAGAACAGCUAACAGGAAGUGUGCCAUACCUGUGUAUGUAAUGCCUAAAAAAAUUCUUUUAGGAGAACAGCUCACUCAGGGAGUGAAGUUGCAUUAUUAUAUCUGCUGCCAAUCAUGUAUUUUGUGGGGCUUUAUUUUAUUAACUAUAUUAUUUUAUAUUGCAACUGCAUUCAGCUGAAACUCUUUAGUUUCUAUAUUACUGAUAAAGUCAUUACAUUAAUUCAACCAAAUAACUGAUAUGGUGCAGUCUAAGAUUGAUGUAUUGUAAUAGAUUGAAGGCUUGGAUCCAGAGGGGUUGUAAGUAACAUUUGACAAAGAUUUGCAUUUAAUUUAUUGAAGACUGGCUAAUAUAAAUAGUAAUAUUUGUUUUAGCACUAGAUCCCAUUAAGAGCCCAUUAAUCCAUUUGAAAAUGGCAAAACUUUGUAAUGUAACACUCAAUAUCUUUUACAGCAUUGUGCCAGAAAUUAUGUAGAUUAAAGCUUUUUUUGCCCCAGAUUAAAGCAAAUGCUGAUUGGUUAA